GCGCCGGCGGCCCGGGGCGGGGCCUGGCUGCAGCGCGGGGCUGCGGGGCUGUGGGCAGCCGGGCUGGCGAGCUCAGCGCCCAGGUGGUUCCUCCUCCGCUACUCUGGAGUCGCAGGCACCGGGCCGGCUGCGGUGGGACUGCCUUUGUGCCGGGCUCCGGGGGCCCACGACGGCCGCUGCGCGCCCGGGUCCAUUGUUUCUGUCUCUUCCGGGCAGGUGCCGGCGGCGCGCAGGGGCCGCACGUGCCAAAGCGGCUGCCGGAGCGCAGGGAUCCGCAGGCGCCCGCAGGGGCGUCCCCGGGCGCGCGGCGGGGGAUGAAGUACCUGAAGCCGUGGUGGUCGGACGGCGGCAGCCUCCUGCACCUCACCAUCCUGCUGAGCUUGGCGGGGCUGCACCUGGACCUGGACCUAGACCUCUACCUGCUGCUCCCGGGCGGCCUGACGAGCCUCGCCUACGAGCUCAGCUCCUUCCCGGCCUCGGGAAGGUGGGGGCACGCCGAGUUGCUGCACCCCAAGGGCCGGGAGCGGGACACCGCGGCGCCGCCGGAGGGCCGGCUGCUCCGGGAGGUCCGCGCGCUGGGGGUCCCCUUCAUCCCCUGCACCCGAGUGGACGCGUGGCUGGUGCACAGCGUGGCAGCCGGGAACGCCGACGGGACCCACGCGCUGCUAGGCGCCGCCGCCGCCUCGUCGGCCGGAGGAGUGGGCGCCGGCGUGAACGUUAGCCAGGCUGCACCGGGUGGCGGCGGGGAUCCCAGGGCGGCUCCCAGUAGCCCCUUGGCCGCCGGGGAGGAGGAGAAAGCACCCGCGGAACCGACGGCUCAAGUGUCGGACGCCGGCGGAUAUGCUUGCGAGGAGAAUGAGGUACUAAGAGCUGUGAAUCACAGUUCUCAGCACGAGGAAAAUGAACAAAGAGCAUCAGCCAAGAAGGAGAAAUCACUACAGCAGAAGAAUGAAGAUGAAAAUAAAGUAGCAGAUAAACCUGCCUGGGAGGCGGAAAAGACCACUGAAUCUAGAGAUGAGAGACAUCGAAAUGGAACAGACACAUCUUUCUCUCUAGAAGACUUACUUCAGUUGCUCUCAUCACAGCCUGAAAAUCCACUGGAGGGCAUCUCACUGCGAGAUAGUCCUCCUCUCCCAGGAACUGUCAGUGAUGGCAUGAAUUCUCCCAUACGUUAUAAUGUAAAUUUUAGCCAUGCUAUCAGUCAGGAUGUAAAUCUCCAUGAGGCCAUGUUGUUGUGUCCUGACGAUACAUUUAGAAGGGAUCCAGUAGCAAGGGCUUCACUUCAAGAAUCAUUUCUGCAGUUAAGUUCUCCUGUUACCAAUUCUGAACAGACACUUCCUGGAACUAAUUUGACAGGAUUUCUUCCAUUUGUUGACAAUCAGAUGAGGAAUCUAACAGGCCAAGACCUGUAUGACCUUGAUAUAAACAUAUUUGAUGAUAUAAAUUUAAUGUCUUUGGGCACAGAAGGUUUUGAUUCAACGGAAGUUUCUCAGCUUUUUGAAGAAACAGAUUCUGAUUCUGGACUUUCCUUAAAUUCAAGCCACAACAGCACCUCUGUUACCAAGUCUAAUUCCUCUCAUUCUGUGUGUGAAGGUGCUACUGGCUCUAACAGUGACCUUGAAUCUCUUUCCCACCAUGACUUAGAAGGGGCUGUAGGAGGCUACUACCCAGAGCCCAGUAAACUUUGUCACCUGGAUCACAGGAAUGACUCUAAUUUUCAUGGGGACCUUGCGUUUCAACACAUAUUACAUAACCACACUUACCACUUACAGCCAAGUGCACUAGAAUCCACUUCUGAGUCUUUUUCAUGGCCUGAGAAGUCACAGAAAACAAGUAGGUACCUGAAUGACACAGACCAACACUUAAGCCGUGAUGAACGGCGUGCUAAAGCUCUGCAUAUCCCUUUUACUGUGGAUGAAAUUGUCUGCAUGCCUGUAGAUUCUUUCAACAGCAUGCUAAGCAGGCACUACCUGACAGAUUUUCAAGUGUCGCUCAUCCGUGAUAUUAGACGAAGAGGGAAAAAUAAAGUUGCUGCUCAGAACUGCCGAAAGCGCAAGCUGGAUAUAAUUUCGAAUCUGGAAGAUGAUGUAUGUAACUUGCAAGCAAAGAAGGAAACCCUUGAGAGCGAGCGAUCCCAGUGUCACAAAGCUAUAAACAUAAUGAAACAGAAACUACAUGACCUCUAUCAUGAUGUUUUUAGUAGGUUGAGAGAUGAUGAAGGUAGGCCAGUCAAUCCAAACCAGUAUGCUAUUCAGUGCAGCCACGAUGGAAGUGUUUUGAUUGUACCCAAGGAAUUGGUGACCCCAGGCCAGAAAAAGAAAAACCAAAAAGGAAAACAAAAAAGUGAGAGAAGAAAUUGAAGAUGGAUUGCACUCAUACACAUAAAGCAGUAAUGUUCAGAAACUGGUAAUGGAUCACAAGCCAUUGAAUCUGCUUCAAAAGUUUAGCUCAAGUGUUACCUACUGCUACUUGAACCACUCAGUUAAGGCUACAUUUUGAAGCUUAUAUGGACAAUUUUAGGGCUUCAGUAUCAGACUUGUGGGGGCUGAAGAGUGACUGUUUCUUAGUAAGAUUGUCACACUAGAUGGAAUUAUUUCAAAACAUGCUUUUAUGAUCUAAAAUGCAAAGUGGCCUUCAAGAACUAUUUUAGUGUAAUUUUUAUAAAAACUUAUGUGCUUUUUCUGUGGAAAUAAAUUUUAUAUUUGAUUUUAUAAAAUACCAACUUUUACCUUUUAUACAGAAGUUCCAAGCAGAUUUACCUUGGAUAUUUCUCCUCAAAAAUACAGGUGUGGGAGCCACCCAAGAUGAUCCCAGCAUCGCUUGAUUUUUGGUUAUGUGAGUAAAACCCUACCCUCCCACACUGUGAUCACAAGAUAACUUCCAAACACUGAGGAUUCUUCUGUUGCUUC